CUCCAACGCUCCCUCAUCGCAGCUCCUCCUACAGAAUAUUCUGUUAGGUUGCGCCCGGUGAGUUUUAUAGCAACUGUUGCCCAGUGAGGCAGCGCCAUAGUCACCGUAGUCCUGGCGACUGUAACCCACCAACAACAACAACCUUUCGUUCCAUCAUUGCCACCUCCACCAUCCUCACUUCAUCCUCAUCAACCAGUCCUCAGCCCAGGCGCCAUGCAGACCCCUGAGGCAGGCGCUGACUCCGCCUCCACUGUCCCUCUCCAGACCGCCGUGCCUGUGCAGCCCGCAGGCUCCGCCCAGCAGGUGACCUCUCAGGUGCCUGUCCAGCAGCAGACCCAGACUGUUCAACAGGUUCAGCAUGUAUACCCAGCACAGGUGCAGUAUGUGGAGGAGAACAGUGGCGUCUACACCAACGGAACCAUACGGACGUACUCGUACUCCGAGCCCCAGGUGUACAGCCAGAACAGUGGAGGGAGCUACUUUGACACGCAGGGCAGCUCGUCCGAGGUGUCUACAGUGGUGUCGUCCCAUGGCAUGGCCAACAAUGGAGGGGGGAACGGGGGUCUGACCAUGGGUCUGGCCGGGGGGCAGAUCAUCAGCAGCUCUGGAGCCUACCUCAUCGGGGGCAACUCCAUGGACAACUCUGCCCCCCACCCAGCCACCCAGACUACCCGAGCCUCCCCGUCCACUGUGAGUAUUGAAAUGGCGAUUGAGACGCUCCAAAAGACUGAAGGUUUAUCCAGUCAGAGAAGCUCGCUGCUCAACAGCCAUCUGCAAUGGCUACUGGAUAACUAUGAGACUGCGGAGGGGGUGAGUCUGCCUCGCUCCACCCUCUACAACCACUACUUGCGCCACUGCCAGGAGCAGAAAUUGGACCCGGUCAACGCCGCUUCCUUCGGCAAGCUCAUCCGCUCCAUCUUCAUGGGGCUACGCACGCGACGCCUCGGCACAAGAGGGAACUCAAAGUACCACUACUAUGGGAUCCGGCUGAAGCCGGACUCUCCUCUCAACAGACUGCAGGAGGACAUGCAGUACAUGGCCCUCAGACAGCAGCCUGUCCAACAGAAACAGAGGUUUAAGCCGGUGCAGAAGGUUGAUGGUGUGUCUGGGGAGAACUUCUCAGGCGGUGGCCAGCACACCCCCAGUGCAGCGGAGCAGACCGUCAUUGCACAGAGCCAGCACCACCAGCAGUACCUGGACGCAUCCCGGGCGCUGCCAGACUUUGUGGAGCUGGACCUGGGAGAGACCAACGUGGAGAACAUCGGCCCAGACGACAUCAAAGCUCUCCAGUCACUAUACAGAGAGCACUGUGAGGCCAUUCUGGAUGUGGUGGUGAACCUCCAGUUCAGUCUAAUAGAGAAGCUGUGGCAGACAUUCUGGCGCUAUUCCCCCUCUGACUUAGUGGAGGGCACCACCAUCACAGAAAACAGUGGUAUGAGUGAGAUUGAGGGCCGUUUGCCCUGCUCCAGGCUGGUGGUGCUCUGUAGGAACGAGGCUGUGCUCAAGUGGAUGAGUUCCUGUGACCACCUGAUGUACCAGGCCCUAGUGGAGAUCCUCAUCCCUGAUGUCCUCAGACCCAUCCCCAGUGCCUUGACUCAAGCCAUCCGCAACUUUGCCAAAAGCCUGGAAGGCUGGCUCAACAAUGCCAUGAACGUCAUUCCACAGAGAAUGAUCCAGACAAAAGUUGCCGCUGUUAGUGCCUUUUCUCAGACGAUGCGUCGUUACACUAGUCUGAACCACCUGGCCCAGGCAGCCCGCGCCGUGUUGCAGAACACCUCCCAGAUCAAUCAGAUGCUCAGCGACCUCAACCGCGUCGACUUCGCCAAUGUGCAGGAGCAGGCGUCGUGGGUGUGUCAGUGUGAGGAGGGUGUGGUUCAGAGGUUAGAGCAGGACUUCAAGGCCACACUGCAGCAGCAGAGCUCUCUGGAGCAGUGGGCUGCCUGGCUGGACAACGUGGUCACCCAGGUCCUACAGCCCUUCGAGGACAGGCCCAGCUUCCCCAGGGCUGCGCGUCAGUUCCUGCUCAAGUGGUCCUUCUACAGCUCCAUGGUGAUUCGAGACCUGACUUUGCGCAGCGCGGCCAGUUUCGGCUCGUUCCACCUGAUCCGCCUGCUCUACGACGAGUACAUGUUCUACCUGGUGGAACACCGCGUCGCCCAGGCAACCGGCGAGACGCCCAUCGGUGUCAUGGGAGAAUUCGAUGACCUCAACGCCAUGUCGCCUGCUUACAUGGACAAAGACGAGGUGAGUGAGAUGGACAGUGACCUGGAGGAGGACAUGGAGGAGUCUGGGGAGCCGCUGGCCAAGCGGGAGAAGGCUGAGUUGCAGCAUGAGCACCAGGUGAUCCAGGUGAUUCAGGUGGGGGCUCUGGAGGACGGCUGUAACCCCGUGGUGGGGGUGGUGCAGCCGGGUAUCCUGCACUCCCUGCCCCAGCCCCCCCAGGACCACGCUGAGCACAUCCUCACCCCUUCUGCCACCACCCCCACCAUCCGCCACUGCAGCGCCACCGGCAACACCUACGCCUCCGUCUGAAGAGAGAGACGCCCACAAACCACUCUUCUCUUGAUCUGUCUGUCUCUCCCUCUCUAUUUCAAUGGGUCACGCUGUCUCACACACACGUCUGCACUAUUUCCCUCUGUCAUGUGCUGUGUUUUCUCUGCUCUCCUCCGCCCCCAGGCCACUAGAGGACGAUGAAAAUCACCAUGACCACAGCCACUGGCGUCACACAAACCGUGGAUAGAUUAAGAGAGCUGGAUGUGAAUAGGAAUGUGGGCGGGCCACCUCUGUCUGCUGUCAUCCCAUAUUUCUGUCCUCUGGGAGUGGAUGCUGGGUGAGGGAGGAGGAUUGGAAGGGGGGGGGGGGGUGACCCAUGAGAUGCUGCCAGAUGUGAGACACUGACUGACCCUAGCUGUGUAGAGGGGAGGGUAUAUAUUCAAAGCUCAAAUCCAAGCCACCAGCCCCAGAUGAGCGAUGUGAUUGAUAAGAGUACUCUUGGUUCACUCUUAGAUCGGUUUGUUUCGUAUGUAGUGCAUAUAUAAUAAACAAAACAGAGGUGCUGUUCUCUCACAUUAGCAGAUAUUCCUCCCAAUCAUGAGGUGAUAUACGUUCUUACAGAGAAAGCAUGGACACAUUCCAGUUAAGGACAGAAUUGAGUUGAACGAUAUGAGAUUUUUUGUUGUUGUUGACUUUUUUGUGUAUUUCAAACCUUUGUUUAGAUAUGACAUUCGGUGAUGUAUGAUUGCUUGUGAUGUGGCAGCUGUUUUGCGUUCUAUGAUUUAUUGAAUAGUGUAUAAUCGUAGCCAUGAUCCCCUGAUAACCCCUAAUGACUUCUAGCCGUGAAGUUUGUUCUGCCCUUGAAGAAAGACGUACUCUUAUGCGUGCUGCUACUCUAUAGAAACACAAGGCGAGACAGACAGACGGACUGGAUGUACUAUACCACUACAACACUAGCUUUUCUACGCACUUCAUGCAUCGUAUGGGAUGCUCUUGACUUAUUGCCUUGGUUUGGUUGGAUUUAGAUCCUAUAGUGUGAUAAAAAUGUAAUUAGUUAAGACUCGUAUAAUCUACCGACAUGUUCUCAGUGUGUGUGUUUGUAGUUUCUAUCUUGGUAGAUGUCUUAAAUUGUGAAUGGACCAAAAAAACAAACCAUCCAGAGGAAACUGGCAGAGAGUGAGAGCCAUCAUGGCCGCCACAGUGGUCCCGGCGAGGCUGCAGCGUGUCCCGUUUUCCUGUCCCAACAGUGCUGUGGGUGGUGUUGCAGAGCAGACUGAAUGUCAGGGAUUCUAUGUACCUCGGCUUCAUCCUAGUGCCUUAAUAACCCUUACUGCAGCUGUCCAUGUAGUCCUGACUGAUUAUGUGGUUGUGGGGAGGGAUAGUACAUUCUGCGUUACUGUCCCAGCCACAGCUUUGGCCCUCUCUCUGGUGACUUGUGGCUGGAUUUGGGCUGGCUCGUUGGUGUUACUGAAGGCUGGGGAGGUGCAGGUUCAGAGGUACUUGUAGUUUUCUCUGGAUUGUGCCGGUUCUAUCACUUUUUGUUUGUUCGGUUUCCCACUGAUGUGGGUGUGUUGCCUCGUUCCUGCUCUCUCUCUCUCGAGGCCUGCUCCUGCUUUGGCAUGUGCAAUCGGGUGAAGCGUGCGCGUGUGCCGACGUGAGCGCUCGACCUGAUCGAGAUGAUGGUUGCGCGUAACCGUUGUGGUUGUUGUGGAUGAAUGAGUCCGAGCGUGGGUUUUGCGCACACCCACUAGUCACCCUACCUCACACCAGCGGUGCCAGCCUUUUAACACAUGCAGCACGUCACCAAACCUUGUUCUCACACACAUAUGUAUCCUUCUACUCCCACGACACACCACAAUAACACUAUAUGCCUCUCACACUACAUAGCUAAAAAUACACAUUGUCAUUUUAGCCCAUUCAGUCCUCAGUCCACAUCAUCAUCUCUUGUUCUAUCGGUUGUAAAGUGCAUUUUUGUAUAGUGGACCAAAAGUAGAUAUUUUCUGAUAUUUAAAUAUAUAUAUAUAUAUAGAUAGAUAUAUAUAAGGAUGAUACAAUACGUAUGUAUUCAUCUUUAUUUGUUUUGUUUUUCAUGUGGUUGAUCUGUCAUCCGUGGUUGUUUCGUUGGUAGCUAGCUCUUCUGUGAUUGGUCGAUUGACUGUGAAAUUGGCGGGGGCAUGGGACCAGCUUCUGACGACACUGGAUACACAUUUUGUACUUGAACUGUUAUUGAUCGCUUUUUAGGAAAUGGACAACACACUGGCAAAAGGUGUUGAACUGGAAGAAUCUUGUUGAUACAACUGAAAUUACUUUUCUGUUUUUUGUUUAACUCUCAUCUGGAGAACUGUAUGCACCAAUGCUUUGCCUAGACUUUAUUUAUUGGUAUUUAUUGUGCUUUUGUUUGACUAUUUGAGAAGUUAUUCUUAAGUUAUGCACACGUAUCCAUACCAGUCUUGAAAAUGAAAUUACACUAUAUAUACAAAAGUAUGUGGACAUCCCUUCAAAUCAGUAGAUUCAGCUAUUUCAGCCACACCCGUUGCUGACAGGUGUAUAAAAUCAUCGAUCACACAGCCAUGCAAUCUCCAUAGACAAACUUUGUCAGUAGUUUGGCCUCACUGAAGAGCUCAGUGACUUUCAACGUGGCACCGUCAUUUCCAACAAGUCAGUUCGUCAAAUUUCUGCCCUGCUAGAGCUGCCCCAGUCAACUCUAAGUGCUGUUAUUGUGAAGUGGAAACGUCUAGGAGUAACAACCACUCCGAAGUGAAGUGGUAGGCCACACAAGUUCACAGAACGGGAACACCGAGUGCUGAAGCGCGUAGCCCGUAAAAAUCGUCUCUCCUCGGUUGCAACACUCACUAACGAGUUCUAAACUGCCUCUGGAAGCAACGUCAGCACAAAAACUUGCCUGCACAGAUCCUGACCUCAACCCCAUCGAACAUCUUUGGGAUGAAUCGGAAGGCUGAAUGCAAGCCAGGCCUAAAAGCCUUCCCAGAAGAGUGGAGGCUGUUAUAGCAGCAAAGGAGAGACCAACUCCAUAUUAAUGCCCAUGAUUUUGAAAUGAGAUGUUCGACGAGCAGGUGUCCACAUACUUUUGGUCUUGUAGUGUAUGAGUUCUGACAAUUUUUACUACUGAGAAACAAAAUGUACCUGCUAAAAAACUGGAAAUUAUGUUUUCAGAGGAUCAUUAAUUUAUUUUAUCAACUACAUUUUCUUUAGAUAUAUAUAUGGUACUUAGCAGAUUGUGCAUGUGUGAUUUAUGAGAAAGGGCCAUUCUACUGAUAAUGCCUUUUACUAGUUCACUGAAGAUAAAGUGCAUUCACUUUAGACUGAAAAGGCAAUUGACCUUGCUUACAGGUUAUUGAAAGCUUUGGGCAUUUGUUUACAUGUCAAACUCUGACCACACAGAAAUUACAAGAUCUUACUCAACCUGACUGUACAGUCAGUCACCUAACAUGUCAUUAGAGAUGGCUCUUGAACUUUGAACAUUGACCUUUUUGUCCGGAAAAUACUGAAGAUGUUAAGAUGAAUUGUGUAUUCAUUUGUGCCUGGAGUGCAAAUAGCUUACAGAUGUGCUUUAGAAUCUUGAAAGUGCUUUUUUUGAUCUUGCAUGCCUUUUUGUGCUGCUAGAAUCUAUUGGUUCGUCUACUUUGUGUUUGGUUUUCUUUGGAAUAUGUGCCAGAUUGUAAAUGCUGUAUUCACUCUGCGACCUCAUCAAACCUGCCUGUUUCAAAACUGGACUCAAGCCAAUUCUGUCAACACAAAUUAUGUUGUAAUCAUAGAUAACCAUUCACAAAAAUUAAUACGUUUAUUUGUUUGGAACAAAAAAUAUUAUAGGUCCUUCCCCAUUGUCUUACGUCACUGAUGGUUCCUGGCAACGUGUGGCGUUUAGAAGACAAUAGGGCCUUGAUUAAUUGAGCCCAUUUCUAACCUAAAAGGUUUGAUACAGCAACUACAACAACAAAAAAUGAAAAGGAUACAAUCUUGACAUCCUGAAAAACAUAUCAGCUAUUCUCAAACUGUCAGUUGGAAGUGGUGAGAAUACAUCAGCUUCACUGAUCCACAAGACUCCAGUGCCUUUAAUUUGACCCAGACAGCUGGGCCUAACGUCUCUGGUCUGACUCCAUGGCUCCAGACACAGGCUCUUUAGAGCAGACUUUAUGGAAGAGGUGAAAAUGGCUGCUCACAUGGAGAAGAGGAUAUGGGCCUAUGGGAUCGUACAGUCCUAUCCUUAAUUCUGACCUCAUCCAACUGACUACUGGUCAACUGUCACUGACCAAUGACCAAACAUGAGUUUACACUGGGUGGGGCUUUCUCCACAUAUUUGCUGUUGGAUGGAGCUUUAGGAGAGAACUACUACAGAUUUACAUUAUCACUAAACUAAGAGAAAGAUUGGAGUACUACUGGACUGGGAUAUUUGCCAAUGGCAACACUGUACUAUCAUUAUCAUUUCCUUUUGUUGUAUGAUAUUCACUGAUUGCUGUAUGGUGGCUUUAUUCAGUUUGAUUUUCAAUAUUUUCUUGAUCUAUUUUAAGUGCCAUUUGACGGUCUAGUGAGUUGUGGCCCACUGUAGCACGCUCUAAUGCAAGCACAAGCAUUUGGCAGUGGAUAUUAGGGAAACCUUUUCCUUGAACCCCUUUCCCCCUAAGAUGUAAAUAUAGACAAAAUGGGAAGAAAUAUUUAUUUCUCUUAAAUAUUUGUUUUGUUCUUUUUGGAUGAGUUUUAUUUCAUCUGAUAUGUUGGCAAAAGUACUUUUGUGAUUUCUCUUGUUUUGGAUAAUGUAUUGUAUUUAUAUAUACAUAUCAUGUGACUUUCUUUUUGUUUCAAGUUACGUCUUAGUAUAUACUAUCUUCUGAAAUUGGCAAGAGAAAACCAAUAAGUGUAGGGUGAUUUGUAAUGUGUAUUUUACAUAAAAGAUGAAACUGUGGAACUUUUAUAUUUAUAAAGGCAUAUUAACAUUAAGGCCAAGGGCUCUAUUCAAUUUAAAGGCAAUGUUCCCACGUUAGCGGAGACUGCAUUCACGGUAAAUGCUGCAUAUGUCGGCUCAAUCGGAAAUAACUUUUACAGUUCUAUUGCGCAAUCUGUAAAGCUUCAGCGAUAGAUUGAAUAGAGCCCUCAGUGUGUCGUAAUGAUGGAAAUAUAGGAACUAUUAAAGACAUGUAGUUUGGUUUUCUGAAUAUUUCAGACUUGAGCUCAGGCUAGCUUAGUGUUGUUUUCUUAAUUUGUGGCUUGUCUUUAAAUUAAUAAACUUUUUCUUGUUAAAAAUAA